AUGGACAUCCAUCAACGCCGUCAUUGUCUUUUUAUACUAUUAAUAGCCUUAAUAUUCACUCUAUGCCGCAAUAAUAUCAGGUCACACACAUGUUGGCUUACUAGCAUUGGCCUUUACUUUCAUAUUCUUUCAUCGUAUUCUCUUAUUCCAAAUCUCUGCGUUAUCGUUAGCCUCAGCCAGCAGGAAAAUUCCAUCAUGAGUAACAAGCCAGAGCCCUCGUCCGGGGCCAUUCAGCAACAGCAGCGCAAGAAUCGAGGCUUAAUACCGCCAGAGCUUGUAGAUCUUCUGGUGACUCCCGUCCAAGUGGGCGCAUGGUCCGGCGCUGUGGGAGUAAUGGCCGGUGUUGCCGGUGCCAUUGCGCGAGACACCAGUCCUGUUGCCAGUGGUGCCGUAACUGGAUUCCAAUGGUUUGCUCUGGGUGGAAGCUUCUGGUUCACUAGAUCCGUGACCGUCAGGGCAAUGGGAGGUGACCAGCAGCUAAGGCCAGUCGACAAAACUAUCGCAAGCACAGUAGGAGGAUCAGCAGCCGGUGCAGUGGCCGGGUUGAUACGGGGGCCGGGGAAGAUUCUACCCGCCAUGGUCAUGUGGGGAGUGCUAGGGGCAGGAGGACAGAUGGUUGCCAACGGCUUGAGCAACAGGAAACCUAAAGUGAAGGAUGAAAAUGACAGCUGGUUCAGGUCAAAAUGGAGUCCAUUGAAGAAGCUCACAGACCAGGAGUACAUUGACAUGAUGGAGGAGAAGAUUCUGAGAGUAGAGGCGGAUAUUGCUCUCAUCGAUGACCGGAUUACAGAGCUCAAGUCAAUUGAUCAGAAAACCAAGGAUGAGAAUAGAACAUGA